AUGACAUACUUUACAAGCUGGGACGAAUUCGCAAAGGCCGCCGAACGACUACACAGCGCAAACCCGGAGAAGUGCAGGUAUUUUUGCUUCUUUAUGGUUUCUGUACAUAAUAUAUUGUUUAAGAUUCGUAACCAAGUACAAUCACACGAAGGGUCAACUCGUACUCAAGCUCACCGACGAUAUAGUCUGUCUGCAGUAUAGCACCAACCAACUGCAGGACGUGAAGAAGCUGGAGAAGCUGUCGUCCACGUUGCUCCGCACCAUUGUCACUCAAUAA